GGCGGGCGGCGGCAAGCGGGCAAGCGGGCUGAACUCGGCACUGCGCUGGGGCGCACAGCUCAGGGGAUCCAGGCCCCGCCACCUUUCCUCCGCCCCGGGGCUCUGUUCUCACGUGCGAGCAGUGGAAGGACAGGAGGCGGGAGCCAUGCAGUCGGAAUCGGGUAUCGUGCCGGAUUUCGAAGUCGGGGACGAGUUUCACGAAGAGCCCAAAACCUAUUACGAACUCAAAAGUCAACCCCUGAAGAGCAGCAGUUCCGCAGAGCAUCCUGGGGCCUCCAAGCCUCCGAUAAGCUCCUCCAGUAUGACAUCACGCAUCUUGCUACGCCAGCAACUCAUGCGUGAGCAGAUGCAGGAGCAGGAGCGCAGGGAGCAGCAGCAGAAGCUGCAGGCCGCCCAGUUCAUGCAACAGAGAGUGCCUGUGAGUCAGACACCAGCCAUAAACGUCAGCGUGCCCACCACCCUUCCCUCUGCCGCCCAGGUGCCGAUGGAAGUCCUUAAGGUGCAGACCCACCUCGAAAACCCCACCAAGUACCACAUACAGCAAGCCCAGAGGCAGCAGCCUGGCGAUCAUGUCCUGCCACCGGUGCCAGGAAGCAGCGCGCCCAACAGUCCUAUGGCCAUGCUUACACUUAACUCCAACUGUGAAAAAGAGGGAUUUUAUAAGUUUGAAGACCAAAACAGGGCAGAGAGCGAGUGCCCAAGUAUGAACACGCAUUCACGAGCAUCAUGUAUGCAGAUGGAUGAUGUAAUUGAUGACAUCAUUAGCCUAGAAUCAAGUUACAAUGAAGAAAUCUUGGGCUUGAUGGAUCCUGCCUUGCAAAUGGCAAAUACGUUACCGGUCUCUGGAAACUUAAUUGACCUUUAUGGCAACCAAGGCCUGCCACCCCCAGGCCUCACCAUCAGCAACUCCUGCCCAGCCAACCUUCCCAACAUAAAAAGGGAGCUCACAGCGUGUAUUUUCCCCACAGAGUCUGAAGCAAGAGCAUUGGCCAAAGAGAGGCAAAAAAAGGACAAUCACAACUUGAUUGAAAGAAGAAGAAGAUUUAACAUAAAUGACCGCAUUAAAGAGCUAGGUACUUUGAUUCCCAAGUCAAAUGAUCCAGACAUGCGUUGGAACAAGGGAACCAUUUUAAAAGCAUCCGUGGACUAUAUCCGAAAGUUACAACGAGAACAACAACGUGCAAAAGAACUUGAAAACCGACAGAAGAAGCUGGAGCAUGCCAACCGGCAUUUGUUGCUCAGAAUUCAGGAACUUGAAAUGCAGGCUCGAGCUCAUGGACUCUCCCUUAUUCCAUCCACGGGUCUCUGCUCUCCAGAUCUGGUGAAUCGAAUCAUCAAACAAGAACCCGUUCUCGAGAACUGCAACCAAGACCUCCUUCAGCAUCACACUGACCUGACUUGUACGACGACCCUUGAUCUCACAGAUGGCACCAUCACCUUCAACAACAACCUCGGACCUGGGACUGAGAGCAACCCACCCUAUAGUGUCCCCACGAAAAUGGGAUCCAAACUGGAAGAUAUCCUGCUUUCUCCUGUCGGCGUAACUGACCCACUCCUUUCCUCAGUUUCCCCGGGAGCAUCCAAAACAAGCAGCCGAAGGAGCAGUAUGAGCAUGGAAGAAACCGAGCACGCUUGUUAGCGAAACCUCCCUGCUCUGCAUUCUCACAAACUGCUUCCUUUUCUUGAUGAGUAGAUUUAAUAAUUUACCUGAGGGGUUUUCUUGAUAUUUUUUUUCUUUAUUAUGAAAAAAAGGUUUUUUUUUCAUGCUUUAUCAAUAGCCCAGGAUAUAUUUUAUUUUUAGAAUUUUGUGAAACAGACUUGUAUAUUCUAUUUUACAACUACAAAUGCCUCCAAAGUAUUGUACAGUAAGUGUGCAGUAUCUGUGAACUGAAUUCACCACAGACUUUAGUUUUCUGAGCAAGAGGAUUUUGCAUCAGAGAAAUGUCUGUCCAUUUUUAUUCAGGGGAAACUCGAUUUGAGAUUUUUAUGCCUGUGACUUCCUUAGAAAUUAAAUAUAAAGUUUAAUUGAAAGAAUGUAAAGCAACCAAAAAAAUUUCAAAGAAAGAGGAAAAGAAAUCCAUACUAACCCUUUUCCGUUUUAUAAAUGUAUUGAUUGAUUGGUACUGCCUUAAAGAUACAGUACCCUUCUAGCAUCAUUUAGUCUUUAUACUACAAACUAUUUAAAGAAAUAUUAUACACUGUAAAAGAUUUAAAAAAAAAAAAAAGCAGCCAUUUUCAUGAGGAUUGUCUGGUUAGAAAACAUAACUGAUACCAACCAAAAUUAAUGGGAGUUAAGACCAAGGCUCUAAACCAGAGAGUCUAGUCUUGUUCUCUUUACUUUGUAUUGUUCAGUUUUCUUCAUCAAUGAGUGUGAUUCAAUUUUUCAUAAAAUGUGUUUUAUUUUGAAAUGGCAAUGAAUGUCCUCUCUAAGUGAAGUAUUGAGCACUGAAAAUUUGUUUUACUUUUUUUUUUUUUUUCAUUUUUGCUUUGGAUAAGACAACUGGGCACAUUUCUAAUUGGCUUGACUUUUUAUUUUUAAAUUAUGUUUUAGUGUUCAUUUGAUUUGUACAGAUUCUUUAUUAUCAUUGUUCUUUUCAGUAUGUUUGUAUUAAUUUGUAAGAAUAUGCAUCUUAAAACGGCAAGUUUUCAAUAUUUUUACAACUCACUGGCAGUUUUCCGCAUCCUUUGUACACCUAUGAAAGAAAACUUUUAUGCAAGGUCUUGUGUUCAAAGAAAGCUUUGCAAAUAUUUUCUAUAUUACAGCCUCACUCAGAACUGUUUUUCGACACAUUUAAGGUGUAUAUUAAUAGGUUAAUAUCAGGCUUUCUAGAAAGAAUAAACUUACAUAUUUAUUUUUAGCAAUGUAAAAAUAGCAAUAUUCUUGGAGACCGAUAACCAUAGUGUUAAUAUGCCCAUUAUGGUCCUUUAAAUUGGGAUUUCUUUCAGCAAGCUUGCUGAAAACAAUUUUUUAAGGAGAAAAAUACUGUAUUGGCAAAUUACUGUUACUUGAUAACAAUGUUUUAACAAGCAGCAAUGUUGUAAAGUUAGUUUCAGUGCAUUAUCUACUUGUGUAGUCCUAUGCAAUAAUAGUAGUGCUCCAUGUAUCAAACCUAGAUGUUUUAUACUGAUGACAUAUAGCGUUAUGAGCCAGGCUGUUGAAUGGAAUUUCUCAGUAACAGCCUACAAUUGAAUAGCAAGUGGCAUAAAGCAUAUCCAUUCAGAAUGAAGUGCCUUAAAUAUAGCAGUAGUCUUUUUUGGACUAGCACUGACUGAUCUGUAACGUAGAGGAAAGUUUCAAGAUGGUAUCUAUAGUCAAGAGGAGUAUGUAGCAUGGUGCCUAUGUAGACAAUAUAAGAGCUUCCAAUUUUCCUUCAGAGAUUUUUAAUAUUAAAUAUAUUUUAGAGACAGAGUGCCAACUUCUUUCAUCAGGAAACCUUAUUCAGGAGGGGUUUUUUAAAAAGUGUUUAAAUGUCAAAUGUGAAUUGGUGAUGGGUGAUGGAGGGUUCAGAGGGAAGGAGUGAUUGUCAUAUAUGAAUGGAUGGCUUAGGUGAAAAUAAUCAACUGCGUAGUUCCCAUGCACUUUGGGCAAUGAGAAUCUUUGGAAAUACUGAUGAUGCUAUCAGUUUUAUAGCUUUAUUACUUAAGGGGGUAGGGAAAAUUAGUUCCCAUUCUUUCAACUCCCUUCACUGUAUAGCUCUUUUCUUAGAAUAGUGAUGCAGAUCUGCAUGAACAGCUACUUGUACCAUAGUGUUCAUUGAUACAAUCAUAGCAUUGUCUGUUUUUCUCGCUUCACAUUUAUAUGGGGAAGGAGAGGACUGGGUGUGAAAGUUGAAGAUCACGAUGCUAUGAUGCUAGUUUUCCUUAGCUGGUUUUAAAGGUUUUCAAAAACAGAGCAAGGCUAAUUAACCCAUGGCCAAGGGGUUAUGGCCGUGGUUAAGCCACCUGAUAGAAAGCUUUGUUGAAAGUAUGGCAUCUUGUACCACCACCCUGAGUCGUGCAACUCCUGAGCUUGUCAUCGCCUGCCUCUCUGUCCCCUUCUACUUAAGAGACAGUUUCUGAGAAUGACGGGGAGCAAGCCCAGAAGAGUGCUGCAACCUUAGGGGUGGUUUUAUUUAUUUCUUUUUUGCCAAAUAGAAUGUGGGUUCGUUUUAGGGACUAGGUAAGCCAAGAGGCAGUGGUUUGUGCUCAUUGUUGUUAUAGAGAAUGAUCCACACCACUCCCCCUAUAUCUGGGUGCAGAACUGUGGCUCAGGAUUGGGCCUCCAUAAGGAGUAAUCAAAACGCCAAAAUCGUUCACUUGCCUUGGGAAAAGGCAAUGGAAGUACCAAACCUUCUGACUUUGCCAAAAAACCAUACAACCAACCUGGUCAUAGGAUGACAAAGUUCUAUGUGGUUGUUUUUAAAUAAUAAAGCAAUAAGAACCAAUAAAAUAUGUAGGAAGUUAAAUGGUACAAAAUAAAGCACAAAGGAAUGCACUUACUAAUAUUUUAGAGGAAAAAUGCACUGGGGGAAAGUCGAUGUUGAUAACAGUAUAAAAAAAACCCUAUUUCUUGAUAAAAAUGACAAAUGACUGUCUCUUGUGGACACUUGGUACUGUAAUGUUAAUAAUAGUCACCUGCUGUUGGAUGCAGCAAUAAUUUCUGUAUGGUCCAUAGCACUGUAUAUUAUGGAUCAAUAUUAAUGUAUCCAAUGAAAUAAUUGAACUGUUGUUCUUGAUAGCCUCAUUAAAGCAUUUGGUUUUUCACAAAGCCAGUGGCCGAUUGU